GCUAAGCUAACAGCAAUCAUCGCAACUAGCUACAUGUGGAGGGUAAAACGGGAGCCAUCCCCGACCCUUACUCUGUCAAAAUCCCUCCUUUUUUACCCUAAACAACUGUAAAGUUCAGCCUCAUCGAAAAUAAGGGAUACUAUCUGUUUACAAUGAAAGGCCGAAUCGAGCUGGGGGAUGUUACGCCCCACAACAUUAAGCAGUUGAAACGUCUGAACCAGGUCAUCUUCCCUGUCAGCUACAACGACAAGUUUUAUAAAGAUGUGCUGGAAGUUGGAGAGCUUGCAAAGCUAGCGUACUUCAAUGACAUUGCAGUGGGAGCUGUGUGCUGCAGAGUGGACCACUCUCAGAACCAGAAGAGACUGUACAUCAUGACACUCGGCUGUCUAGCGCCUUACCGUAGACUUGGAAUUGGUACAAAGAUGCUGAAUCAUGUGCUAAACAUCUGUGAGAAGGAUGGCACUUUUGACAACAUUUACCUUCAUGUGCAGAUCAGCAAUGAGUCAGCCAUCGACUUUUACCAGAAGUUUGGCUUUGAAAUCAUCGAAACAAAAAAGAAUUACUACAAGAGGAUAGAGCCUGCAGAUGCCCAUGUGUUGCAGAAGAGCCUGCGCAGCCCAUGUGCACCCCCCACCGGAGAGCUUCAGAAGGCAGAGUAGGGGCACAGCUUUUGGAAGGAGCACAGAUGUGCCCGCCUCCACAGAAACAGAACUGUGACAAAUGCCCCAGGGUCGACACAUUCAACACUUUCUUCAAAGGACGCUAAAAAGAGAAAACAAAUUUAAAGUACAAAAAUUGCAUUUAUUUUGCAAAGGGGUCCCCUUUGAUUUUUUGCAUAUUUUAUUGCUCCCCUUUACCUCGUACAGAUAAUUGAAAACGACAAAAAGUCCAGUAUCCAAAAAGUGCUCCUAUUGACACAGUUGCCAACUUCAAACAGUUUUAGACUCGGUGGAGGGGGAGGGUGUGGUGUUUGCAAAUCAUACUGUUUGUGUUUGAGUUGUUUGUAUGCGGUUAUAAAGCUAACGGGGACAUAUCUAUACUUUUGAACAAAAGAAAAACAGUUGGUUUGAAGCGGUAAAAGUGUUUGAAAGACCAUCACUGACACACACACACACACAUGCACACAGACAGUCCCAGCUGGUCAGCUUGGAGUGACGCUUUGGGUUGUUUCGUGGAGCAGUCACAACUCUAUUCCCUUACCACCUGAACCCUGGGAUUUAUGGGAAAUGAGUCUGACCAGUUUGUUGAUAAGUCACGUCCAGAGAGGGAAUCGCAGAAAUGUAUCCCCCUCGGUACGGGCGACAGGAAGGCUGAACGGUUUUGAGGUGGUGGGAAGACGUGGUCACCACUCAUAAUUACUGAUUAACUUUAUUUUCCAGGCUGUUAAUUUAAUUCCCCUUCAACUGUUUCUGUUAUUUUUAUUUUUUACAUUGAGAUGGCAAAUGGUUCAGAGAUUCUCCUGGGUUUACUGCUUAAGAGUGAAGACAUUAAAAAUCAUUAAGGAACGAGAGACAUUUCUCAGAAGGGCGCUCCACAGUGUCAUGUGAGGGAAGUCCGAAUAACAUGUUUGGGAUUUGAUCUGGGCAUUAUUUUCCAGUAGUAAAAUUGAAGUGUGCGAGGAUGUGUGUCUUUAAACAAAUGAACGCGUUUAGAGACAUCUUACCUUUUACACCUUUUGGCACCUUAUGUAGCCACUUUGCAGAAAUGGUCUUCUCUAACUUCCUGCCUCAGUCAGCUUCCUUUGAAGCUCAGCUGAUAGUUUGGGAGUUUUUGUUUAUGGUCUCUCAAACAGUGUAUCACCCAGAGGAAGCUCUGACCCCUCUGCAUGCAAGGAGAGUUGUGUCCUCUCCACUGUAGUAUAAGCAUGUUUUUCCUUUCUUUUGAAGAAUUUUAUCUUUUCUGGAGCUCUAUAUUGUAAGACUUUUUAACGUCUAAAUAAAGGAAUUACUAUUUGCAGUAAA